AUGCAUGCCAAGCGUCCAGCGCGCAUCGUCUCCGCGCCGCUCAGCCAGCUGCGGCCGGCGCCGCCGGCCGCGCUGGCGUCAUGGGAUCCCUUAGUCAACCCCGCGGCCCACACGGCCGACCGGAAGCUGCGCCUCCUCCCCGGCCUGUGCCCGGCCGCCGAGGAUCCAGAAGAGCAUCAGCCGGAAGCCGAGCGGGCGGCCGGCGGCGGCGGCGGCGCCGCGGCGUUCGCGUUCGCGGCGCGCCAGGAGCUGCGGCGUGGCCGGCUGCUUGACCUCCGCGGCCGCGGCCGCGGCGCGGACUGGGUGCCCGCGGUAGUCGCCGAGAAGCUGGCGUGGGGCUGCGGGCCGCUGGCGGCGGGCGUGCGGCGGGAGCUGCGCGCGCUCGGCCCCGGCGCGCCGCGCGGCGACAAGUGGCGGCUGCUGUUUUCGCGGCUGGCCGCGGCGGUCGCGCCGAGUGAGCUGCUGUUUGGGCCCGGCGGCGAGGGCGAGGGCGAGGGCGGCGGCGCGGCGGGCGCGGCGGGCGCGGCGGCGGCGUGCGAGGCGGUGGUGCAGCAUCUGCACUCGGAGUGGGCGGCGCGGCCGGCCGGCGAGGACGGGCGGCGGGGGCGGCUGCGGGUGGCGUGGCACGAGGCGGCGCUGCACGAGGCGCCGGCGGAGGGUGACACCGCCUGCUGGGUCGUGCGGCUUGACACGGGCAAGGUCCGGAAGCUGCGCCACGCGCAGCUGCUCGCCGGCGACGCCCGCGUCCGCCGCAUGCUGACGUGGGAGGCUGAGUCAGCGUCCUGGGUCGAGCUGCGGGCGCUCGCCGGAGGGGGCGCCCGGCGGCCGCCCGAACUGCAGCACGUGUUGAGUGAGGCGCAAAAGCGGUUCGAAGAGUCCUGCCGCCCCAAGCGCCGCGGGCCGGACGCCCUUGCGGCCGCCGCCGCGCGGCUGCUGCGCCGGAUGGCGCGGAGCGGGGGCCUGUACUGGCCUCUGUCGGCCGGCGCAGCACUGAUCGGGCGCGCGGCGGGCGCGGCGGCGGGGCGGGGGCGGCGAAAGAGCGGCCCGCCGCGCGGCGCGGGGGCGGCGGGGGACGGCACGGCAGGGGAGGGCGCGACCACGCCCGAGCCGUCCGGCGGGGCCGCGGUGGCCGAAGUCGGCGGGCGGCAGCAGCAGCAGCAGGGGCAGCAGCGGCGCGGCCGCAAGCGGCGCAGCAGGUUUGCCGUGUCGCCCGUCAAUUCCGAGGACGAGGCGGAGAUAUCUCGGCUCUCGCAGCAGUUGGAUGGGAGCCGCGCCGCCACGCCGGCAAGAGGCCGCCCGCGGGGGGACGGGGAGGGGGAGGGCGGCGGGGAUGGUGCCGGUGACGACGCGCGAAGCCCGAUCAAUGGCGGCGGCGGCGGCGGCGGCGGCGGCAGCGGUAGGAAGAAGGCGCGCGGGACGCCGAAAGCCACUGCAGAGGAGCGGCGGGAGCGGCGGGCGCAGGAGAAUAAUGCGAAGACCGACGCCUUCACCAACGAGCUGCUGCUGCGAAACCAAGCGGCGCUGCAGGCCGCCGCCGCCGCCGCCGCCGCGGAGGGUGCCGCGGCCCCGGGCGGCGCUGUGGCCGCAGGCGCCAGCGCCGGCGCCGCGGCCGCGCUGGUGUUUGGGGGCGGGGACCCCGAGGGGCGGGAGCUUUAUGAGGAUCCCGCCCGCGCGGGCGCGGCGCCAAAGGCGCAGCGCGACGGCGGCGGCGGCGGCGGCGACAACGGCGCCGGUGCGCCGGCGGGCGCGGAGGAAGGCGGCGGCGGCGGCGGCGCAGCAGCGGCGGACAGCGACAGCGAUUUCGAGGUGGUGGAGGAGGCGCAACACGAGGGGUCGCGGCGGCGGCGCGGGGGCGGCGGCGGCGGCGCCGGCGCAGCCGGGGCCGCGAGGCGGAGGGACGAGGCGGGCGGGUGCAUCCUGGCGCACUCAAUGGUGGGCGGCGCGAAGGGCCCGGAGUGGGAGCCCCAUCGGCACUCCAUUCUCAUAUUAUAG